UCCACUGGCACGACAGUAUCCCCUCCGGUCCAGCAUGGAUUCGGCCGUAGACGAGCUGAGCAGACUCCGUGAGGACCUUACCUGUCCGCUCUGCCUAGACCUGUUCAGAAGCCCGGUUCUGCGGGAAUGCGGACAUCACUUUUGCCAGGAGUGUGUCGGUCGCUGCUGGGAGGGACCCGGGGAGAGCGCUCGGUGCCCGCUCUGCGGCAGAGGAGCCGUGGAUGAAGUCGUUCAGGACGCCCCCCUCUUGGGCAGCGUAGCCGAGACGGUGAGGGAGAUGAUGGGAGAUCGGAGGGAAGCGACUGGGAAAAGAAAAAGGGAGCAGUACUGCGAGGAACACGGGCAGAAACUGAAGCUCUUUUGCCAAGAGGAUGGGAAAGCCAUCUGCGUGGCGUGCGGAAGCUCCCAGCUGCACCAGUCCCACAGCCUGGCCCCGCUGGAUGAGGUCUUAGGGAAAUACAGAGAGAAACUGGGAGGCUUCUUACAGCAAAUCCGGAAAGAGGUGAAAAAGGCGUCGCGGUCUCUGCAAACAGCGGAGGACAUGAGCGCCGUUCUGAAGGAUGACAGAGAGUCCAUAGAGAAGACGAUAGAGGCGGAGUUUGCCGAGCUCCACCGGUUCCUAGACCGAGAGGAGGCGGCGGCGAAAGCUAAACUUCGGCACGCCGAAGAGGAGAAACGGAAAGCGCUGGAGCGCAACAGGACCCGCAGCGAAGCGGAAAAAUGCCGGCUGCUGCAAGCCAAGGAGCUCCUGAAAGACCAACUGGCCCUGCAUGACGACCCAGCCGCGAUAGAGGAUUUGAAAGAUCUCUUGAGUAGGAAGGACCUGACCUUCCAGAAACCAGCAGACGAAUACAUCAGCCUUUCGUCUGAGGAGUACGUGGGGCCACUGCAGUAUGCUGUCUGGAAGAAGAUGAAAGACAUCCUUACACCAGCUCCGCUCCCCGUGACCUUUGAUCCCGACACUGCCAAUCCGCACCUCAUCCUAUCCAACGGGAACACCACGGCGAAGACGGGCGGGACGAGAAGGGCUUUAGCGCCCAAGCCGGAACGGUUCGACACCUACCUGAAUGUGCUGGGAUCGCGGGGCUUCAUCUCCGGGCGCCACUACUGGGAGGUGUGGGUGGGCAACAAGUCAGAGUGGGAGCUAGGUGUGGCCGCCGCGUCCGUGGAGAGGAAACUGUGUUACCAAGCCCGCCCGGCAGACAAAGUGUGGAUCAUCGCGCUCGACCGCGGCGGCAGCUACACGGCUCACGAUUUCGGCACCGUCACCCUGCGCCUCAACUCCAAACCGCGGAAGAUCGGCGUGUACGUGGAUUACGGCGGCGGGAGGGUUGUUUUUCACAACGCCGAGGAUAUGACCGUCAUCUACACAUUUAUCGAUAUCUUCGAGGAAAAGAUCUACCCCAUUUUUAACCCGGGUCAUCGUCGCGGGCCUAAAAACCGAAAAGCCUUGAGGAUUGUGACACCCCAGGUUUAGAAGCCUCAGACAUGUGUGUGUGAGGACUGUGUUUCAGAUGCUGUUUUUUCCCCUCGCAUUAGGCUUGUUUUACAGCCUGUGUGAGACACGAUUCAAGUCCUGCAGUGCAGGUAUUAUACCAUGAAUUAGAUGUUAUAUUAGAAACAGUUUUCAGCACUGCGCUUAACCCCAUCUUGCGCUCGUUGCUUGCCGGGAAAAGCUCCGGCUCCCCCGCGAUCUGA